UGGCCCGUGGUUUGGUUAAUUGGUUAUACAAUAAAUAACGUCAUUUGAGAUCAGGGAAAGAUUUAUAUAAAUUGUUUGGGCGCUAAAUUUGAUUUCGGCGGGAGUGUUCCCACCGCUCUUUCAUGGAUGAACACCACCACCAGAUGGAUCUCCCGGAAACUGAAUCCACCGCUUGCCUAUCUCGUCUUCUCGGUAAGAGCAUUUGCCUCCGGGAAUCCACUUCCUUCAUCAUCCCAAGCGAAGCCUUGCGUCGACAAUGCAAUAGGAAUAAGCUUCCUCCUCUCCUCUUGUGGGAGAGAAGGCAAUCUUCGUUUGGGAAGUUGCAUUCAUGCCUUCACUAUCAAGAAUCCCGGACCCUUUGACUCCCAGGAUCAAACCGCCAUUCGAGUUCUGAACUCUCUCCUCACAAUGUAUGCUAGAUGCGGUAAAUUGCUUGACGCAGUUAAGGUGUUCGAGGAUAUGCCUGCAAGAGACACCGUUUCCUGGAACUCAAUAAUUUCAGGGUUCAUAAACAAUGGGGAGUUUGAAAUGGGACUUGGGUAUUUUAAAGAAUUGCUGAGUUUGGGGUUUGGCUGGUUUGAUCAUGCUAGUUUGACUACCAUUUUAUCGGCAUGUGAUAGGGCUCAGUUUCUUAUGAUCACUAAAGUGAUGCAUGGAUUGGUGUUUCUGAGUGGCCAUGAGAGAGAGGUUUCCGUGGGGAAUGCUUUGGUUACUUCAUAUUUUAGAUGCGGGAGUCCAGAUUCAGGGAGGCGGGUUUUUGAUGAGAUGGUUCAGAGGAAUGUUAUCACUUGGACAGCUAUUAUAUCUGGGCUUGCUCAAAAUGAAUUUUAUGAGGAAAGCUUGAAACUGUUUGAUAAGUUUCGGUGUGGAUCUGAUGUCCCUAAUCAUUUAACCUAUUUGAGCGCAAUAUUGGCAUGUAGUGGCAUGCAAGCACUCAAAAAGGGUUGUCAGAUUCAUGCUAUUGUUUGGAAAUUGGGAUUUCAAUCAAAUUUGUGUAUGGAGAGUGCACUUAUGGAUAUGUAUUCGAAGUGUGGCAGUAUAGAGGAUGCUUGGCAAAUCUUUGAGUCUGCUGAGGUACUCGACACAGUUUCAUUGACCGUCAUCCUUGUAGGUUUUUCCCAAAAUGGAUUUGAAGAAGAGGCUUUGCAAAUUUUCAUCAAAAUCAUCAAAUCAGGAAUUGACAUUGACCCAAAUGUGGUGUCAGCCAUUCUUGGGGUUUUUGGUAGUGAUACACUGUUAGGGCUUGGAAAACAAGUUCACUCACUAAUUAUCAAGAAAGGGUUCCUUCUCAAUCCAUUCGUUAGCAAUGGGCUAAUUAACAUGUACUCCAAGUGCGGUGAAUUGCAGGAAUCUGUCAAAGUCUUUGACCAGAUGCCUCAAAGGAAUCCAGUUUCAUGGAACUCGUUGAUUGCAGCUUUUGCCCGGCAUGGUAAUGGUUUUAGAGCACUUGAGUUAUAUGAAGAAAUGAGAUCAAAUGGCGUUGAGCCAACAGAUGUUACCUUUCUCUCUUUGCUUCAUGCUUGUAGUCAUGUAGGCUUGGUGGAGAAAGGAAUGCAGUUCUUUGAAUCCAUGCAGACAGUUUAUGGAAUGAUUCCCAGGAUGGAACACUAUGCUUCUGUUGUUGACAUGCUUGGAAGAUCAGGGCUUCUAAAUGAAGCAAAAUGCUUUAUUGAGGGGCUACCAACAAAGCCUGAUGUACUAGUUUGGCAGGCACUACUUGGUGCUUGUAGCAUUCAUGGAGAUACUGAUAUGGGAAAAUAUGCAGCUGAACAGUGGCUUUUGGCUUCACCUGAUAGCCCAAUUCCAUAUGUCCUACUGGCUAAUAUGCAUUCUUCCAAAAGGCAAUGGAAAGAGAGAGCGAUAAUUAUCAAGAAAAUGAAAGAGACAGGGAUAGCAAAAGAGACUGGGAUAAGUUGGAUUGAAAUUGAAAAGAAAGUUCACAACUUUGUAGUUGCUGAUCAGAUGCAUCCACAGUGUGAUACUAUUUAUGGUACCUUGUUGGAGUUAUAUAGACACAUUGGAGAUGAAGGAUAUGUUCCAGAUAAGAGAAAAUUGUGCUAUAUGGAUCAUGAUGAGUAGGAAAUGUAAAGGAUUUGUAAGACCUCACACUAUUCACAAGCCUGGUAAAAUGGAACCUUAAACUCUUGAAUCCCCAAACUUUAGUUGCUUUGCCUGCAGUAUCGAAUUUAUUUGUUUUCGGUCAGUUAUCUAUUUGAGUUCUUUAAUUGCAGAGAGUUGGUUCUCUGAAGGAGCAAUUACUAAAUUGUGGCAGUAAAGCUACAAAGAAUGAAAUGAGUUUUGGUAUUGAAAGCCUGCUUGUCCCUCAAGAUCUUUACUUUUCUGAAUGGAUAUAAUUCUAAUGGAAAAGAAAUGUGGAACUUGGCCAACAUCAACUUUAAAAACUUCUACAGAAUGUAACAGCUCACUCUGUAAAACAUAUCGAGUGGUAGAGAAAAUGCCAAACCUCUCUGCUGCAGAUUUCUCUUUUUUUCUGGCUCAAGUGCUCCUAUCAAAGGGAUCAAAUACUCAAUUGAGUAGUUUGUACAUGUAAGAUUCAUUGGUUGAUUUUUAUGUCCAGUUUAUCAGACAAACAAUUCCUCGGAAAUGUAGCAGAUCAGAUUUGGCAUGAUUGCAUGAAGUGUCUGAAUCCUUUCUUAGUUCUAAUUUCUACAAAUAUGUAAGAGAUUUUCUGUA